AGCGAAAUUUCGGUCAGCCGCCCACCUGCGAGGUGUCUCCCCCGUGUCUCGUUCCGUUUGUACAAAAAAUAAAAAAAAAAAAAAUAAAACGUCACAUCCGUCGCGUCCUUUUUCCACGGUGCGGCGUGGAAACAACACGUUUUCCACGAAAGUCGGAACGGGACGCGCGCGCGGGGAUCCGAGAGAGAAAGAGAGAGACAGAGAACACGCCUUGCCGUGUGUGCCGUGAAUCCCCCUUCCAACCCGUCAUCCCUCUCGAACCCCUCUUCUCCUUCCUUCCGAACUGUUACGCGUGUCGCCGUCGCGCGCGUGUUGCGCUCUCUGUCCGACCGUCGUCUAUCCGUUUCUCGUAUAUCCGUGUGUAAUCUCUGGAUGUGAGCAACUUGUGUAUGUGCGCGCGCGCAUUCGUGUGUAUACACGUCGACGGUGGUGGACCACGCAGUAAAUUGCGUUAUUCGGAGCGGUAAACAGGUGCACGAAGCUCGUUCGUCCGUUCGUACGUUCGUUCGUUCGGUCGUUUGCUCGUUCGGCCGCACCUCGUGGCGAGUCUUCCGUUCUCGCGCUGAGCCGCGACGAUCGUUGUCGCGGCACGGAAUUUCACCACGCGGCGGGGCGAUGCGCAGUCAGCGGUGGUGGCUCGUCUGUGAUUCCCCCAUCGUCGGUCCGCGAGAUCGGUUAGCGAGCGAAAUUUAGACGAAACCGCGUGACAGGUGGAUUCGAGGCGUGCCGAGAGACGCGGGGAAAGAGAAAGAGACGGAACGAAGGAGGGAGCGAAGCGAGAGUGAGAAAGUGCCGUCGCGCGACAUCUCGGAGUCGUCGGGCGCGUUUCGGCUUGGAAUCGGUCGACGUUUGGUUUCUCGACGGGACUGACGAGGGAAAGGGAGAGAAAAUCUGGCGGUGAGAAACCGAAGAGUCAGAACGUCGUCGUCGCCGUCGUCGUCAUCAUCAUCAUCAUCGUCAUCAAUCAAUCCACGUUGCGCGCUCGUCGCCUCGUCGCGUCAGCAAUUGUGACACGCCGUUGUGUUGUUAUUGUCUCUCCUAACCUAACCGAGAAGGAGGUAGACGUCCGCGCGCGUUCGCGCUCAUGUCGACUGCCGCCGUAGGGAGGGCUGGAGCAGUAGAGGCGGCGUAGCGGAGCGACGCACGCCCUCGAUCCUCGGCGCAGCUUCUGAGUGCACAUGCACCGGUGGUGGUGCACCGAUAGUAGUAGUAGUGGUGGUGGUGGUAGUAGUGGUAAUAGUGGUGGUGGUGGUGGUGCUUGUGCGCCGCGUCGCCGCUUAUUUACGUCUCGUAACGUGGAUCCCGCCGCAGCGAAGAAGACGAAGGCCGCUCCCGGUGUCUCGUCGUGACUCCGUUCAAUGUUCGGCGUAUCCGCGCGCGGAGUGUCGUUGGCCGCGACUCAGGACUACGUGCGGACUACGUGCGCGUAUUAUUGUUGUCGGAUCGUUGACGUUUUAUAUGGCCGAGGACUCGCUCCACGAGGACGCCUUUCACGGGGGACAGAGACGCUACGUUGCGGAUCUCGACGGCAACAACGACGGCGCGUGUUAGAACGCAGUUCGCUGACACAUUGACGGCCCCGUUGUGUUGUUAUGCCCGCGAAAGUGCGCAGAUCGCGUAGCGAUCGAGCGUCAAUCGGCAGGCGGUGAGAAAAAGACGGAGAGAUACAGAGAGAAGAAGAAAGAGAGAAAGAGAGAGAGAGAGAGAGACGUUGGCGCGCGAAUCUAUCUCGGAAUCCAGCCUGCGAGUGUGCGGGAAUGACGUUCUUCGCGACGACGAACUCGGUCUUUUGCUGAGAACGAGAGAACGUCUCGCGGAAGGAAGACACAAGGCGAAAGAGAGAGAGAGAGAGAGAGAGAGAGAGAGAGAACAAACUUGAGGAUACAACAGGAAUAUCAUGUGAAUGAUAGCAGGUGCGAGGGACCGAUACGCAUACGCGAAAGAGCUCGCGCGCGAUUGCGUUAGAAAUUAUCGUCGUUACUGUUGUGACUUAACGGCCGCCAAGAUUAUCAUCCCAACGAUGUCCUCGGGCAGGGGCCCGGCGUCGCCCUCGGGCGGGCCCGUAGUCCGCUGCGGCCACCUGAAGAAGCUGAAGACGAUGAAGAAGAAGUACUUCGUGCUGCGAGGCGAGGCGCCCGACUGCCCCGCCUGCCUCGAGUAUUACGACAGCAAGAAGAAGUUCGAGAACCGACAGCCGCCCAAGCGCAGCAUAUUGCUGCACAGCUGCUUCAACAUCAACAAACGCGGCGACACCAAGCACAAGCACGUGAUCGCCCUCUACACGAAGGACGAGUGUUUCUGCCUGAUCCUCGACAACGAGAAGGAGCUGGACGAGUGGCUGAAGGCGAUGCUGAGGCUGCAGAGCGGGGACAUGCCCGACGGAGAACAACCGCGGCCUACAUUCGAACACGUGUGGCAAGUUACAAUGCAGAGAAAAGGUCUGGGGUCACGGAGGAACAUUCACGGACCUUACAGAUUAUGCCUCACCGAUCAAACUUUGAGUUUCGUGAAGAUAGGAGCGCAAGAUAACACCGACUCGAUCGAGAUUUCCCUAAAUUACAUCAGACGAUGUGGAUUCGCGAACAACAUAUUCUACAUAGAGGUCGGCCGGUCCGCCGUAACUGGCGAUGGCGAGUUCUGGAUGGCGGUCGAAGAUAACAAUAUCGCGCUGAACAUACACGACGUAAUCACGACCGCGAUGAGGAAUUCGAAGAGCAACAAGGACGAGGUGGGACCUCGUCAGAGAAUGCGCAGCUCGUCCGCCAAUGAAGCCAGCAAACCCAUAUCCGUUCUUCAGCGACGGCACACCGGCCAGAAGCUUCAUAGUUUCUCGCCCUUAGCCGUUGCUGGUACCGGGGCUUGGACUACUGGGAUUGCCAACACGACUAAUGCCAACAGUGCCGGUACCGCUAGACGUCGUCAUUCGGUAGCGAGUCAUCCUCAUUCCGUCAAUAAUUCCCAAUCCACUCAUGUCACAACAACAAAUACUACGACCAUACCCGCCACUACUACCACCACCACCACCACCAAUACCACCAAUACCACUACCACCACCACCACCACCACCACUACCAUUACCGCAACCACCACCACCAUCACCAACACCAUCACCGCGACUGUCACCGCGACGAUCACCACGACUACAACCAAUGCGACAGUAUCCCAUCAGAGAACCCUAUCGCUGCCCUUAGCCGUCGUUAUUAUCAAUCAAACGCAACCGUCUAAACGAUCCGUUUUACGGUGUGCUACUGGACGCGAUCGAUGCGACAGUUUGCCGUCGAGGGCACGUACCACAAGCGAGGGACAACCGAUGAUGGUGUUGAACCAUCCCAGAGGGGCCAACGUCUUGACCCACGUGCCGCGACCGCAUUCCAUGUGUGGACGAGGCCUCUCGUAUUCCCCGCCGGUCGCGUCGAUGCCGAUCAGUCCCGCUUCCGACGUCUGCUCGUCGGACUCGGCCGGUUCGUCACCUUCGAUGGACGACUGCGGCGAGAAUAUUAUGGAGGAAGGUCCUGUCUCGAGAUACGGCCACUCGUUGACUCCGGACGAGCCUAUGAUAUUAGACAAGAAGGGUGACGAUUACGCCUUGUGGUCAACGUCGCAUCAUACGCAUCUCAAAUACUCGCCAAACUUCAAGUCUCAUUCGCCCUCUCAGAGUUCCUAUCAGAGUGAGAUGUACAGUCCGUGCGGCUCGAGUCCCAGCCGAGGUGGCGCGUACAUACCCAUGAGCCCAGCGACGACAGCUCAUUCACAUUCGCGCGGAUCGUCCCUCGUGGAGGAGAGUGCUGUGGAUGGUUGGCGUCAGAAACCACUGGACGACGGUUAUGUCGAUAUGGAUCCUGUAAAUAGUCACAACGGCCACUUUCCAGACGACAUGUCUCAGAACGACGGCAGCAGUUGUUCUGUAACGUCCGGUACGCCCAGUACAGAUUUGCGGUUUUCUGAAUACCACUUAGACAAGGUGACGAGCUUCCUAACACCCGGAGAGGAUCUCCAAGCCUCCAGACCGACCAGAGCUUACUCCGUCGGGUCGAGACCGGAACAGGCGAACAGGCAUCGUAAAAAUAGGUUGGAUAUCACUCCACAGGAUGCCAAUAGAGUGCGAGCGUUUUCCGUAGGUAGUCGUUCCAAAAGACCCGAGAUCGGUAGGUUAGCUAACGUGGCCACCGUGCCACUGCCGGCCGGUUCGGACUCGAACUCGAAGUCAAGCUCCGCGCCGUUGCUAUCGAGUUCCUGGGGACACAAUUCGGGCUGCUCCGGAGCGUCCGAUCGUAUGGAGGAUCUCAUGGAAUUGGAUUUCACGAGACCCAGUGUUUCGACCGCUCACUCCUCGCCACCGACGUCCUGUUCCCAGCUGCAGUCGCAACCGCAAUUGUACUCUACUGCCACCGACACUAGUUCCUACGUCGACAUGUCGCCCGGACAAGCUCCCAUAUCGACCACUGCCCCAUACGUCGAUAUGAGUGGCAUAAAUAAGAUUAAUCGCAAUAAUAAUAACAAUACAAUCACUGCCAACCACAACCAUAGCCACAUGCAUAUAUCAUCGUUACCUUUUACCCACAAAUCUGUAAUCACGACCCUGAAACCGGUGGAGGAAGCGGAAGGGCCUUACUUGAAGAUGGAUGGCGUGAAGGAGGAUUGGUCGCGUUUGGAAACAAGUCCGAAACAAGUGUCGUCGCCUAUGCAAGAGGAUACUUACCAAACUAAUGGACCGCCAGGUAGUACAAGAACAGCGCCGAUGGAUCUUCCGCAGCCGAGGCGUCCUCCGGAGGGAUACGUAGAGAUGUCUUUUAAAACGCGACCGUCUUUAGAUCAGGACUACAUAAACAUGAACAUGGGGAACAAUCGCAACAACCGCAAGACACACACGGCCAGCCGCAAGGAGAAAUCGCGAUCGCAACCGAUCGCGAUUCAAGCGGGCAGCAAGCCGUCUAAUAAAACUCCCAGUUUCCUACCUUUGAACGGCAGUCCGACGUCCGAGAGUCUGGCAAGCACACCCGCUUCUCCGCCGCGAGCAACGCUCACGGGCUCCUCGUCCACUAUUUUUCCUUUUUCCCUGAACAGUCCUCAGUCACCUGUAAAGCCUUUUACAAAGAAAAACGACAAUUUUUCUAUGACAGACGCACCGAAACAGGACGAGGACAGUGAAUACGCGAUCAUGGAACCCGUGAAUAAGGUCUUCACAUCGUGUUCCACCCUGUCGACGGAGACGAAACCGUCGUCGAAGAUGAACAACGAGAAGCCGCCUAGUCCUGUAGAGAAAACGACCACCGUUCGGAUUAUAUCGAAAUCCACGUCGUCGUCGCAAGAACACAACAAGUCGGUCAACCUAAUAACCAAGAAACUCACGGAUCUAACGGUGUCGAAACCGCGCCUCGUCACGGCCUCGCCGACGAACACCAGUCCUACUCCGGGUUUCAAACCGUCGAGCGUACAACAGUCGAAGCCAUCCUCCCCGAAGUUCAUCGACGAAACUCCCACGCCGACGCCCACGCCCACACCCACGCCGAGUCCGUUGGACUCCGAGGGCUACGAGAAGUUGCAACCGGGCGCGUCAAUUCUACAUUACGCUAGUCUCGAUCUACCGGAAUGCGGCAAUACAGCGCCUGUGUCGCCGGCGUCCACGCAGGACAACUUCACCUACGCUGAGAUCGACUUCGCGAAACUCAAGCAGAACUAAACAAAAUUAAUAAUAAUAAUAAUAAUAAUAAUAUUAAUAUUAAUAAAAUGCGUAGCUCCGAAUGCGCAUAACUUCAGCCGCUUCCGUGUGUAGCGCGCGCGCGAGAGGAAGAGAGAAAGAAGAAGAAAUUGGUGCACAAGCGCGAGCGCGAGGUGGCACGGCUAAAACGCCUCUUGUGUUCCCCAUGAUAGCAACGAGUAGGCAGGGUAUAUAUCGAUCGUUCUGACAUUGGCUCGGCUGGUCUAAAACCGAAAACAGAGCGCCGGGUAUAUAUAAGAACUGUUAUAUGUAAAUAUAAUUCAUAAUUCUUUAUUUUUCUCUGCCUUUCGACGGCAAUUACAUUAAUCCGCCAAUCUCUUCCUAGUGUACGGAUUGGUAGCCUAUUUUAAAUCGUUUGAGAAAAGAAAAACAGAAACAAAUUAAGCGUCGUUGGUACCUAUAGUUCUGGUUGUACUGCAUUAAUAUCGUAUUUUAUUGGAAUGAUGUGAAGUUUUUUUUAGCAUAUGUAGGCGAGCAUAUAUUUUUGUCGCCGAUUCUUAAGAGAAUGAUCAAUUUGUUCUUGCGUAUAUAAUAACUCUCUAGUUAACAUUGAACAGUCGAUAAGAUUCAGCGAGAAAAAGCAAACCGCGAAAAUGUUGCGAAAAAUGAAAUUUUUUAUAUCGCGCGCGCGAGAUUGCAAUAUACGAUUUUAAAAUACACACAAAAAAUAAGCCAAACGAUUAAAACAGCGAUUUAAAAAUGCACGUUUUAUAAAUAAAACAUUUCGUUUAUUUAAAAAAAAAACAAAAAGACAUUUGAUUACAUAUUAUCGUACAAAUCUUUCGUAAUCAUCUUCAGAAUCACUGCGAUAUUUGGUUUGAGAUCGUGUCAUCCUGAAUGACAUACAGCCUAUAAGAAUAAUAAUAUAAAGUUGACUGUUACUGUAUAAAUACGAUACACAAAAUAUUACAUAUAAUAAUUAAAUUCUAUAUAUAUACAUAUAUAUAAGCGUGUGAAACAAAAUAGCGGGUGACACCUCGAAUAAGAUGUUACGAUAACUCUGAAGCGAUUACGUAAGAUUGACGCAACAUCUAAUUUUAACCGUGUGUACAAAACCAGCAUUUAAGAAAUUCUGAUGAUGAGUUUGUGUGACAGAUGUGCAUUUCUUCGCCUAAAAUCUCGCCUAAGAUCGCGCGAAGUUCUUGUCCCUUUAGGAUGUUACAGAUUAUUAUCGUUGUUUGCUUUUUCUGCUGCUGAUUCUCCUUUCUUUCCGCUUCCGAAGUCAAUCAAAAAACUUCAUUUUCGACUCUCUGCGUCUCGUUCCCGUGAAUUCUGUUAAAACCUCACAUCGGUGGUUUUUUUUUUUUUUUUUGUGGCAUCACAACCAAUCGAUGAAGUUUUUCCGUUUGAGUAAAAACCGACACGUUUGUAUUAAUUGAUCGCAGUAGAGACGAACUUGCUCGAUAUAUUGUCUUAAUUAAGGAGAGAGAGAGAACAGCUUGUGUGUAUAAAGAAAAUGUGUAUGUAAACACAAUAAUGUAACUUUUUAAAUUUUAAUUUUGUUGGAUUUGCGCGUGUUGCCUAUAUCAAAAUUCAUUUUGUUUUGUAUUAUAUAUUUCAGAUGCUGACAAGCCAAAUAACUAAGUAUCGAUUCUUUUUGCAAGAUAUUAUACAUAUAUAUCGUGCCAGGUUUAACCCAAUUGUAAUUUAUAUAAUUAUCUGAUAGAGUAUGACAAAAAAGACGAAAUUUUAUUUAUAUCGUUUUUGAUAGCGGUGUUUGUGUGAGUAACGUAAAUUCUAUUGCUUUUUUUCCUCGUACGUGUAAAAAAAAAACAAAAAAAAAAAACGUUAAUAAUUGUAUCCUUUUAUUUGUGCGUCAUAAAUUCUACUAUCGAAUCUUUAUAUAUUGAUUGAGGAUCGAUUGGCACAUCAUUGUUUGUGUACAGAAAGUAACAUGUUAUUAUUACGUUUUUACACGUUCGCGUAAAGCUCUCGCUUUGUAUCUUCUAUGAUAAUCGAAUCAUCGAAUUUGAAUUUAUAAUUGUUUUUUAUUCUUUGAAAGCAAGUUUUUAACGCGUCGUACGUAUAAAGUUUCUCGCGCUUUUUAUGUGUUAUGAUAUAUAUAUAUAUAUACAUAUUGGUUUCUAUGUUUUAGAUGUUUUAUCGUUACGUAUCGAAAAAUUUGAAAACGCGUUAAACGAGGGAUCUUUUCCCUCCCCCCUCCCUCGAGUAACGGAAUUUGCGAGGUCUCUAGACUUAAGAAAUUGUGGAUUUGCAAUUUUUAUAUAAUUCUUCGAAGAAAAAAACAAAACAAUUGUUCUAAGCCUAAUUAUUGUUACGCGGGAAAUGCAUAUACAACCGAUGACGUACACUCGUCGGCUUUUUGCGAUAAUAAUAAUAAUAAUAAUAAUAUCAGUAAUAAUAAUAUUAAUAAUAAUGAUAACAAUAAUUUUCACGCCGAUCCUGCUUUUAGACGUGGCGAUUAAAAACCCGUUGGUGUAUCGAUGCUGGUUUAAAAAGACAAUUUUUCUCAACGAAACCGAAAAUAUAUUAUACGAGUGGUGUGUUUGUAAUAACACAGUACACUACCAGAAACAUAAGUACUGAAAGAGAAACUUUUGGACGGAGUUUUUUGUCUUCGUGUAACAAAAAAUUAAAAAAAAUGUGCGAAAAACAAAAAAACCGCGGACGAGAUUCCGCGCGCGGCUCGAAUCGAUCGACGAGAUUUAUAUCGUGUACGUACAUAAUACGCGUAUUAAUAUGCGUAUUAUUUGUCGUUUCCUCGUUUUCGAACCGCGCCGAAUUCCGUCCGGGAUCCGCUAUAAAACUAUUUUCUCGCGAUGGGGAAUGUUAUUAUCCGCCAAUGUUAGAUCGACAACAUCUCAAUAAUAGAAUUCGUAUUUGCAGACAAAAAUAGAUGUUCCGUACAAUGCAGUAUAUACAUGUGUUAUCACGCUUUUCAUAUAAAUUAUGAAGUUGUCGAAGUGUCUCGAAAGGGCUGAUUCGACUGCGUACACGCACACAGAUAAACACACAUACACACACACACAGGUACAAUUACAUAAAACACAAUCGCAUACGCGUAUACAUAUAUGCAUAUACGUUCUGCAGGAUAUUCUGUGAAAAACGGUACAACCGGCGAACGUGCCGGGGGAAAUGCGGUACACACACAUACACAGAGAGAAAGAGAGAGAAGCCGAUCUAAUGGGAAUUAAAAUAAAAGAGAAAAAAAGAAAAAAAAGAUAAAGACGCCUAAUAUAAUGACGAGCCAACUCUCUUUAUCGGAUAGUUACGGCUUGUAUAUCUCUUGUUUGAGCUAAAUAUAACGUUCUUUGCAUGUAUCUUAUUUAAAUUGCGGUUGUAUCGUAACGUACAGGGUGUCUUGUAUAUAUACAUGCAUAUCCGACAAAAAUGUUUUUGCGUGUUGAAUUUUUGCGUGUGCGCGUGAGAGUGUUGGACGCGUGUGUUAAUGCGUGCAUCCGGAAAUGUACGUGUCGGACGUUCGUGUAUAUAUACAUAUAUGUACACACACAUAUAUAUGUUAAAAAUAUAUAUAUAUAUUAAGUAUAAUAAUAUUAA